AGCUUUUGCUCUUCAUUGCUCAUCUCUUCGCUGGGUUUGCUGCAUGAAUCCGUCAACUUCUAGCCACUGGUAGAACUUUAAUUGAUGUGCAGCAAGGAAAAUUGAUGCUUAGAGUAGAAAAUGAACAAGUUACUUUUAAUGUCUUUGAUGCCAUGAAAUACCCAUCUGAUAUUGACUCUUGUUUUAUGAUGGAAACAAUUGAUGAAACAAUUAAUGAUAUGUUGCAGGAAGAUUGUCCAGACCUGUUGGAGGCAUGCGUUGUUCAUUCCAAAGACAUUAAUGCUGAAAAUGAGGACAUUAGGGAGUAUGCAUUUCAUUUGGAAGCUUGCCCACCGUUCUUGAACUCAAAGGAGUCAAGUAUUCAAGAUUUUAGAGCUAAUAUGCCUCGGCUAAAACCAUCACUAGAAGAACCUCCAAAACUUGAACUCAAGCCUUUACCUGUUCAUUUAAAAUAUGCUUAUUUAGAUGAAGAUCUUUCUUUGCCUGUAAUUAUUUUUUCUUCUUUGACAGGUUUAAUGGAGGAAAAGCUUCUUCGAGUUUUAAGGGAGCACAAAGGAGCAUUUGGGUGGACAAUAACCGACAUAAAAGGAAUUAGUCCCUCAAUUUGCAUGCACAAAAUACUCAUGGAGGAAAGCUACAAACCGAGCAUUCAACCACAAAGGUGUUUAAAUCCACACAUGCAAGAGGUAGUGAAAGCUUAGCAUUAGUGAUAAGUGGACUUAAUUUUCUACGUAAACUAGGGAAUUUCAUAGAACAUAAUGCGUCUUUAUCUAUUUAAAUUCACAUAGAGAUAUAGUGGGUUAAUAGGUGAAGAUAGGUUUAGUAUAACUUGAGAAAGUAUAUCGAAUAAAUUUGGAAAUCCCGCUGUCACAUGAAUAAUAAAUACCUUGGAAGUAUAUUGAUAUAAAAUUCUAUAUUAGUU